UCUUCUAAUUUAAGAGCCAAAAUUCACAUUUUCAAAGUAAUUACAUACAAAAUAUUCCUUUGGCUAAAACUGAUUAAUGAGUGGACACUUAUGAUUCUGUUAAAGCAUCUAGAUGAUGAUCUAUUGUAGUUAAUAGAACUAAAUUAUCUGUAGAUAAGAGUUAGUACAAAAAAUCAUUAAAUUAUGCUUCAAAAUAGCACAGUAUAAUAUAGAAUACUUAAUCAUACAGUAAUAAUUAUAAAGCUAGUAAUUGCUUUUUUAUAAUCGAAAGAAAUAUAAAUCGAUGUUAUUUAAUAUAUUGGAAUUAGAUAUUAUCAAUAAAUUAUGGAUUAAAAAGAGAAGACAGAUAUCAAGAUAAAAUCUAAGUCUUCACAAGACCAAAUAGCUUAAUAUUUAGUGAAGGCUGUUUUGUUUUUAAGAGAUAGAGAUAAUAAGAGUGAGUCAGUCAGACUUUUUGGGGCAGGAUCAGCUAUUCCAAAUGCAAUUUUGGUUGCUGAAAUAGUAAGAGCAAGAUUUAAGGGACUGAGUUCGAUCGCAACAUUCGAGAAUAUGUAAAAGAGUAUUGAGGUGAAUGAGAAUGGACAAACAAAAAAAAUAUAAAUUGCAAUCCCAGCAAUUCGAAUUAAAUUGACAUGCAAUCCUACUUAAGAGGAAUUGAAUUAGCCAGGCUAUUAAGAACCAGGAGAAGUGAAAGAUGAAAAGAAAUUUGAACUCUUUCCAUAUGUCAUGAUCUAUGCAUAGAAUUUGUUCUUUUCAAGGGAGAACAAACCCAAGUAGAAUAAAUAGAAUAGGGAGGACAAUAAUAAGCAAUCAAAUUAAGAUAGAGGAAAAUUGAUUACUAGAGGAGAUUCUCAUGCAUAAAGAAGAAAGCCUGAUUAACAAGAUUAGAAGGAGAGUUACAGAGGAGGCAGUAGAAGUCGAGAAAGAGUAAAUGAGAGAGAGCAAUAAAGAAAUUAAAAGAAUUAUAAACCCGGGGGAAGACCAAGACCAAUUUAAAACCAGUCUAAUUUCAAUUUGUCAUCAUAGGAUAGAGAAAACAGGACUAAACAAGGAGAAAUUAAAACAAGAGGUGGAAAUAGAAAGUGAUUCAAAUAGUUUAUAGGAAAUAAUUAUAUAAUUUAGGAUA